AUGCCAGACACCGCACUUCUCGCGCUUCCCGUUGAAAUUCUCCAAAUCGUCAGUGGACAACUCGACUCUCGAGGCCUUUCUGGCUUUUCCAGGACGUGCAAGACUCUCCGAGCAGCGGCCAGCAGCUCGCUGUUUUGCAAAAUCACUCUCCGCUUCGUGGAUAUCGAAAAGCUUGAGAAAGACCUAGAUCGAUGGACGGACAUACUCGACUUGAAUUCCAGCUGGAAGGCGGUGCAGCGACUUGAGAUUCAUGACGCAUUUGACAAACCACCACUACUUGGCAUCCCAGAUUUGGGAGACGAUCCGCGGGAGCCUUGGAGAUCCUAUGCUACAAAUCACUGUCCGCAGUUGACCCGUGAGAAUGAUCAAGACUUUGCAAAGCUCGCGACAUUCAUCGAUCGUUUGCCGGCUCUUAUGGACAUGGUCUGGGCCAGUUCUGAUCAACUUCCCCCCUGUGUUCUUUCUGUACUCGAGCAAGAGGACAGGGCACACCGACUCCGCUUAUAUCUACGCAAAUUUUGCAUACGCAGUCUGUCAGUACGACCUGGCGUUCCGAUCGAAGUGGACUCAUAUGAAAGACGCUUGGCCACAUCGCCCGUUCUUUACAGCCUAGCGUCAAGAUGUUCAGCAUAUGACAGCGAGGGGAAUGCCAACUUCAACCAGGAGGCCAUAAUGACAAUGGCAGCUUCUCUGGCUCCAAAUUUGAAAGAGCUGUUCUUGUGCAAAGACUUGCCUGGUCGCUUCCCAGCAAUCUUGGCAGCUUCGAACGUUGCUCGACAGAGGUGGCACGGUAAUGAGAUGGGAGAGGGAAAACAGAGCAAGCAAAAAUCUCUGACAACGUUGGUCAUUGCUGGACAUUCUCAUGUCGAUGAACUUCGAGUCUGGCAUCGAAAGACAGACUUCGCCAAGCUUCGUACUUUAAAGCUGUACCAAGACGUACCGAUCGAGGAUCUGUGCUGGCUGACAGAAUUACGUCCCUUUUCCGAAGCUCUCGAGGAAAUUGGACUAGACUUCAGUCACCACGAAAUUCUAGAUGCAACCAAUGAACUAGAGGAUUUCAUUGAUUCUCUCCCGCCUCUACGAGCGCUGAGACUGGUGUGCGCCAGCAGUGAACCAGGCGUGCUGGAAGUGGCUUUCCGACGGCAUGGCGAUAGCCUCCGUACUCUUCGCCUCGGCGAGACAAUCUCGGACAUCAACGAUCUGUCGAAUAUUCGAGACAGUUGUCCAAACCUUCGAGAACUAGCAGUGACCACCACACGUUCAGCCGGCAAUGCAGAUGAGAUAGGUCGCCACCGCACAAUCGGCGCCCUUCAGCACUUACGCUGUCUAAUCUUGACAUUGCAUGUUCACUACCGUUUGGAUACAGUGGACGAUGCAAGCAUAAUACGCGCCGCAUUGAUAGACUCUGCCGUUGACAAAUCAUUAGCAGCUUCAAUCUUUGGCGCCGUAUCAGCAUCCUCCACUGUCGGGCACGGCUCACUCGAAACACUCCGGCUAUCGGUGCAGAUUGAUCAAGCAUCAUUCGACCACGAAUUGGAAAUUACUUGCAAGAUGCUAGCACGUUCUUGGCAGUGUGAGAAGAACCCCGGAGAUGAUGCACCAAAACAUUCAUGCUUUGUAGCGGAAUUGGGAGCCGAGGACAGAGAGGACUACGAAAGUGCGUUUGGUCGCAGGCUCGAUCCAGAGAUCGAAGCUGUGAUGCGCGACCUGUGGCCUGAACAAGCAACUGGAGACUGGAGACACGAUUGGCAUAGCUGGGCGCUGCAAGACACUGCGCCCCAUUGA